AUGGGUCUCACCUCCCAACUGCUUCCCCCUCUGUUCUUCCUGCUAGCAUGUGUCGGCAACUUUGUCCACGGACACAAGUGCGAUAUCGCCUUACAGGAGAUCAUCAAAACUUUGAACAGCCUCACAGAGCAGAAGACUCUGUGCACCGAGUUGACCGUAACGGACAUCUUUGCUGCCUCCAAGCAGCAUGCAUGUCUGCCCACCUCCAGACACACAGGCACCAUCUGCCGCCCCCCAUCAGCCCGUGUCCCUUCCACCUCGACUCGCCUACAAAGCCCAGAGAGAACACAACUGAGAAGGAAACCUUCUGCAGGGCUGCGACUGUGCUCCGGCAGUUCUACAGCCACCAUGAGAAGGACACUCGCUGCCUGGGUGCGACUGCACAGCAGUUCCACAGGCACAAGCAGCUGAUUCGAUUCCUGAAACGGCUCGACAGGAACCUCUGGGGCCUGGCGGGCUUGGUAAGCUGCACUGUAUUCCUGGCAAGCCGGCCGCGUGGCUCCUGGUGGACAGCAGCCUCACUUCUAAACACUCCUCCUUAGGAGCUGCAGCACCCUUGGUCAACCCAUUCAUUCAUUCACUCAUUCAAUAAGUAUUUGCUGAAGUUCCACAAGUGCUGGGUGUGGUUCUAGGUGCUGAGGACGUGUCACUAAAGACAUGCAGGCCGAGUCCCUGUUCUCAUGGAAUGUUCUAAUGGGAGAGUUAGAAAAACAAACAUGUAAAAUGAUGGCCAGUAGUGAUACGUGCUACAAAGAAAAACAGGAAUAAAGAACAUAAGAGUCAUGGGGGAGGGGGCUGACUUAGGAGCUGGUGACAUUAUCUGAGCAGAUAUUUGAAUUGAGGGAGCAGGCCACAUGACUAACUAGGGAGACCAUUCCAGGCAGAAGGAGGAGGUAUGCAAAGGCCUUAGGAUGGAAAUGAACUAACUUCCUGUAUUUAAAGACCAGUAGGAAGGCCAGUGUGGCUGGAUCAGAGUGA